UUGGAAGCGUUUUGUGUAAUGCUGCUAGAGUUUUAGGAAAAAAAGCCGUGUGUUAUUGUUACAGUGCGCUUCAGCUUCCUCCAGGCUUUCAUAGAAAAGGGAGAAUAAGAGAGAAGACCCUGUCCUCUUUCUAUUUUCCCGGCCUAAGCCACGUGCGCCCAGAAAAGAGGUUCAUUUCGUACUUGGCUCAUGUCCUAUUUUGUUCACUUCUUCAAAGGAACCUGAUAUGGAGGAACUGAAAAGCGAUCUCUUAGCAGCAAAAGAAGAAAUUACAGCAUUUCAAACUGAAAAGAAAGAGUCGUCUCUCAGACGUCCCGCAAGUCUCCUGGGCGAUGCAGACGGAGCGGAAAGUGGGAGCGACUAUGGUGAUUGGGAGAAUGAUGACUGGUCUGUCGAUAGUUUUGCUCCACCUUCGUCUAAAAGCAAAACAUCUCAGAACAUGCCACCAAACAAAAAGACUACUCAGCAAACUAGAGGCAGUACAAGACAGAGCAAGUCUUCCGCUGCUGAUGAAGACUCCCUGGUGUCUGAGAAGCUGGGCGGAGCCUCCCGCCAGCCCACUGUAGCUAGCGGGUGGGAUGAGGACUCGUUUACUCCCGAGGUAAGCUGUUAAAUGAACGAAGCGCAGCAGGGAUUUGAAAUGCGUAAUCCAAGAAGUGUAUGGUGAAGUUACUCUUUUGCGGUGCGACUUGAGAAAAGCAUUUAUUUAUUUGCGUUUUUUAUUAACUAAAAGAGAUUUUUGGUCGAGAAGUAGCCUAUUUCCUCGAACUAAUUAGUGACUCUGACCUAAAUAAAGAAAUAAAGUUACUUUUUGACGAGAUGUAUAAUAAUUGGCAACUGGAUUAUGAGCUCGCGAUUCCUAUGGGGUGAUAGUCGAUUCGGCCUCAGUAGAAUGCUAGAAUUCUACUAAGGUCUAGGGCAACCAGCCUCAAGCUUUAAAUAACAAUUUAAUCUGCGCGUGAUUUUGCUAAGGCGAGAAGUUUAAUACUACUUACUUUGAAGAGAAAUUACCUCACCAACAGGCAUCCCAAUAUCAAAUUUACUGUAAAACUCGAAGAAAACCAAGAGAUCCCAUUCUUAGAUGUCCUCAUCAAACGCCAUCAAAAUGCCUUUUCUACAACAGUACACCGAAAAAAGACCUUCACAGGUCUUUACACCAAGUGGGAUUCUUUCACACCAAGAAAGUACAAAUCAAUCUGAUCCGCACCCUCACUUAUCGCUGUUUUCGCACAUGAUCUUUUCAACAUUUUCUUCAUUACAGGCUGCUCUCUCUGAUCUAAAGAAAACACUGCUUUUAAAUGGUUACCCGAAAGGCAUAAUUUCCUUCAAUAUGAAUGAUGUCUUAAACAAGCAUAGGAACAGACCUUCCGAAACUGUUACCAC